GAUAACCAAGCAAAAAGCAAGGAUGAAGUAUCUGAUGCAAGGUUCAAGCUCAACCAAGAGUCGGAAAAUGCUCCUCCAGCUUCUCCUAGUCUCCAUCACUGUGAAUGCCGUUAGCAGCCAAUUAAUAGCGACCACAUCAGCUAACUGUACUUCAUACUUGAGAAAACCAGACUACUCUGACAUCGCCGUGGACUGUGGCACAAAUUACAUUAGUCUUGCCAUACAGCUCUGUCCAGCUGUCUACUCUGGCUUCAAUGAAUCCCAGCUUUUCCUCAACAACAUUAUGAAUGACCCUAGCUGCAAAGGCACCAUGGACACCACCGUCGCUCCUCCUGUUCUCCGCUUCACUUUUCCCAUUAAUGCGACCAACGGUUGUGGAAGCACCCUCACGACCACUGGUGCUCAAGGCACUGGAAUAUUCGCAGACUUCUCCAAUGUACAAACUGUAAACAUCAGUGGCGUGGUGAGAUCUUAUGACCCCUCAUCCGGCGUUGUGACCUACAACACAGACCUAAAGUACUUUUACUCAUGUUCCUAUCCCCUGGAGUACCUGAUCAACAACACACAGCUUGAUGUGUCUUCUUCUGCCAUUGCAGUGAAGGACAGAAACGGCAGCUUCAUCAGCACAUUGAGCCUCAGGCUGUUCAGCGAUGCAACCUAUGCCACACCAUUGGUAGUUCCUUCGCAGGGCAUCGAGCUCAAGUCUAAUGUGUUUGUUAUGGUCCAGGCCACCAACCUCACCACUCAGUACAUGGUGCUGCUGGACAGAUGCUAUGCUUCUGUGUCCCCUUUCCCAACCACCUCAACCUUUUAUAACUUCUUUGUGGGGUGCAACAAGGAUCAAGUGACCAACAUCACUGAGAAUGGUCAGAGUCAGAGGGCUCGCUUCUCCUUCCCUGCUUUCCGAUUCAUGGAGCAACAGAACCAGACAAUCUCUAGAUACUACCUGCACUGCAUCACCAGACUGUGUGAGACCACUACCUGCAACAAUAUUAUUAGGUCAUGCUCCGCAGGCAGAAGGAGAAGAGACGUGGAACCUACCUCUUCUUCUCUUCUUGUAGACGGACUCACAGAUCCCACCACUCUCACGUCACCCCUCAUCAUUACCCGAGCUGACACCGCUUCAUCAUCAAAAGAGCAAGCUUUGUCUGGCAGCAGUACUCGUUCGGACUCAUCUGUUGGGCUGGCGGUGACCGUGGGCAUCCUGGCGUUCGUCUGCGUUGGGAUUAUUGGGGCAGCUGUUAUUUUCUACAAGAAGUUCCUAGCCUCUGGCACCUCCAAAAUGUUCCACGGCUAAAGCUACGACGGACUGCAGUGGGCAUGCUCCAUCUCAGACAGAGGGCAGCUUGUGGAGCAGGGUCACUGUAGCUACUGUCAUUAAGACUGCAACACCAUAAUCUUUGGUUCCUGUAAUACUGCUUCUUGAAUUUAUGUCAGUUAUAGAAAAUAAGAAUGUACAGAUCAGUAAAGUUUAGUGGAAGAAGAAGGAAACUCAUUCCAAACUUUUACUUCUGGAUGUUUGACACAGCAACAAAAACAGCUUGAACUCUUAAGCCAGGGCUUUGAGAGAUUUGACUUAAGGGAAAAGGUAUAAGAAAUAUAUGGCACCUUAGUUUGUGGGUAGAGGAAUAGGAAUAUUCUUGAUUAGAAGUCUAUUAAAAUUUAAAGUAAUUUAUUUCAUUUUGGAAAUUGCAUGAUUAUGCACUACGCUGCAUGUAAACAAUGCAGUCUAUUUCCCUAAGAACAGUAGUUCUUGGCUUUUAUUAAAAUGUCCACAUAUUGUGUUUCUUAUAGAGACUUGAAACCAUUUAAAUCAAUAUCAGAGAACUUCUCUUCAUGGUUAAUUAACCAAUACAAAUGCAAAUCAAAGCUCUUUGAAGGGAUUAUUUCAAGAAAGAAUAGCAAUACUUCUGUUUUAAAGUUUCAAAUGUUCUUGCACUUUCUUUAUUACGGUUCUGAUCACACAUUGAUGUCUAAGUUGCAGAUACAUAUUUGUGAUUCAUUCAUUAAUGCAUGCUACAUAAUGAAUAAACAUCUAAGACAAUUA